AGUCUGUGGCCGUGGGAGCCGUCGGUAGGGAGACGUAGCUUUCGGUGUAGUUCACUCCAGCAGUUGGUUCCCGGCUGCGGCCGGAGGGUCAGUCAGCGCUUCUCUGCCCCGCACUUCUCUCGCGGCUGAGGAGGAUUUCCGGGAUGGACGCCUCCUGGCGCCAGGUGGCCGCUGGCCGAGGCCGAGCCCGAGGACGGGCCGCCGCAGUCCCCUCCUCAGGAAACGGAGCCCCUCUCGGCGGCGCGGGAGGAGGGCGAGUCAAAGGGUCUGGGAGCGCGGUGCCCCCCGGCCCCGGCCCCGGCCCCGGCGGAGCAGCUCCGGGUCGCAGGCAGCGCUCCGCGGGGGGCGAAGAAGCCCCGCAGACCCCGGGGGCCAGCGAGCUAAUGUCUCAGAGGAAAUUUGAGGAGAUCAAGAAGGCCAACCAAGCUGCAGCCAGAAAGCUGAUGGAGGAACAGUGCAGCUCUUCCUCCUCUGAAGAGGAAGGGGAUGAAGACCUUGAAGGAAAACAGGGGAAAAUCGUGGCAAAGACAUUCAUAACAUACACUACUCACACAGAUGGAGAUGUACAUGAAUUAGAGCGAACAAAACAGUAUCUGAAUGAAGCUUUUCAAGCGGGGGCUAUGACAUGCCUAAUUUGCAUUGCUUCAGUGAAGAGAAACCAAGCAGUUUGGAGCUGUUCAGGAUGUUUCUGUAUAUUCCAUAUGCCCUGUAUUCAGAAGUGGGCUAAAGACAGCCAGUUUCUUGUGUCUUCUGUGACAGAUGAUGAUUUUGGAAAAAAAGAUUAUCCCUGGCCAUGUCCAAAAUGUAGGUUUGAGUACAAAAGAUCAGAAACCCCUAGUAGAUACUAUUGCUACUGUGGAAAAGUAGAAGAUCCACCGUUAGAUCCAUGGCUUGUGCCUCAUUCGUGUGGCCAAGUAUGUGAGAGAGAAUUUAAACCUCCUUGUGGCCAUAAAUGUUUACUGCUCUGCCAUCCAGGUCCCUGCCCUCCUUGUCCCAAGAUGGUCACAACUACUUGCUACUGUGAGAAAGCAAAACCUAUCCCUCGGAGGUGCAGUGCCAAGCAGUGGUCCUGUCAGCUGCCGUGUGGGCGGAAGUUGCUUUGUGGGCAUCAUAAAUGUGAAAAUCCUUGUCAUGCAGGAAACUGUCAGCCUUGUCCAAGAGUUAGUAAGCAAAAAUGUGUGUGCGGCAAAAAAGUAGCAGAAAGAAGUUGUGCGAGUCCAGUGUGGCACUGUGACCAAGUUUGUGGAAAGACACUGCCAUGUGGUAAUCAUACAUGUGAGCAAGUUUGUCAUAUUGGUGCUUGUGGAGCGUGUCCUCGCUCUGGGAAGAGGUCCUGCCCAUGUCAGAAAUCAAAGUUUUCAUUGCCCUGUACAGAAGAUGUACCGACUUGUGGAGAUAGCUGUGACAAAGUACUUGAGUGUGGAAUCCAUAGGUGUUCACAGCGUUGCCACCGGGGUCCUUGUGAAACCUGCAGACAAGAAGUGGAAAAGCAGUGUCGUUGUGGAAAGCAUACAAAGCAAAUGCCAUGUCACAAGCCUUAUCUUUGUGAAACUAAGUGUGUUAAGAUGCGGGACUGUCAAAAGCAUCAAUGUAGGAGAAAGUGUUGCCCUGGAAACUGUCCACCUUGUGAUCAAAAUUGUGGACGGACUUUAAGAUGUAGAAACCAUAAAUGUCCAUCUGUCUGUCACAGAGGCAGUUGCUAUCCAUGUCCAGAAACUGUAGAUGUGAGGUGCAACUGUGGCAGUGCAAAGGUGACCGUGCCCUGUGGCCGGGAGCGGACCACAAAGCCGCCCAAGUGCAGAGAGCUGUGCAGUCGACCACCAACAUGUCAUCACACAAGUCAAGAAAAACACCGCUGUCACUUUGGCCCAUGUCCACCAUGUCAUCAGCCUUGUCAAAAAGUUUUGGAGAAAUGUGGGCACUUGUGUCCUGCUUCGUGUCAUGAUCAAGCAUUAGUCAAGCAGAUUGGCAGGCAUCAGCCCACAGGCCCUUGGGAACAGCCAGCUGAGCCAGCAUUUAUUCAGACUGCGUUGCCUUGUCCUCCGUGUCAAGUUCCUAUUCCUGUGGAAUGCCUGGGGAAGCACGAGGUGAGCCCACUUCCAUGCCACGUGGUAGGACCCUAUUCCUGCAAGAGACUUUGUGGAAGAAUGUUGAACUGUCAGAAUCAUACAUGUAUGAAAGAAUGCCACAAAGUGACUGAAGUUGAUGGCUGUACUGGAAAAAAUAAGGCUGGCCUGGAAUGCCUUCAGUGUGAAGAAGGGUGCUCCAAGUCAAGACCUGUGGGUUGUCCUCACCCAUGUGUUUUGCCAUGUCACCCUGGAAAAUGCCCUCCUUGUGUUCAGAUGCUUAGAUUAAAAUGUCACUGCAAGAUCACAAGCCUGUAUGUGGAAUGCAGAAAAAUAACCACAGCUGAUGUAAGUGAAAAGAACCUCCUCAGUUGUUGCAAAAACCAGUGCCCCAAGGAGCUUCCUUGUGGCCAUCGAUGCAAAGAGGUGUGCCAUCCUGGUGAAUGCCCCUUUAAUUGCAACCAGAAGGUAAAACUCAGAUGCCCUUGUAAAAGGAUAAAACGGGAAUUGCCAUGCAAUAAAAUACGUGAAAGUCAGGUUUCAGUGGAAUGUGAUGCAGCGUGCAAGGAAAUGAAGCGGAAAGCAUCCGAGAUUAAAGAAGCAGAAGCCAAUGCUGCUCUGGAAGAAGAAAAACGAAGACAGCAGGCUGAACUGGAAGCAUUUGAAAACAGACUGAAGGGCCGCCGCAAGAAGAACAGGAAAAGAGAUGAAGUGGCCGUGGAGCUCUCACUGUGGCAGAAGUAUAGGUCCUACCUCCUUCCAGUGUGUGGAGUUGUGCUGGCAGUGCUUGUGUGGUCCAUCACCCAUGGUGUGGAUUAACGAUCCUUUAAAUCUUGUGAUAUGC